AUGGCAAAGCAAGCUCGCUAUGGGGCGGUCCAGCCGCUUCAGAUCUACCAGGACGAUUUGUAUGACCAGACAACACCCGUCAUCAGUCAGGCCCCGAUGCCUCUCGCAGCAAAACCACCUCGUCGCCCUCUCCAGCCUGCCAACAGCAACAGUGUCAUGCUCAAACCACCAAGUACCAUGGCGCCUCUGCAGAAAUCGCCCUUGAAGCCGGCAAACGCACGGAUAUCAGAUUCUUCCUCUGCCCCUACCAAACCCCCUCAGGGUCAGAAGAAGCUCAACCACGUUCAGAUGCCCCCGCCUGGCGCUUUGGCUCCGUCGACUGAUUCUUUGCACAAACAACAACCCAUGUCUAGGUUCAAAACAGUUGCUUCAAAGCCCCCAGCGCAGGAUCUCACCAACCUUCAGUUUGUAGACCAGAGCCCGCAAAUGACCAUGUUCCCGGCGCCGACCCAGUUCAACCUACCCCUCGAGAAUUUCUAUCAGAAACCUUCCGGCAAACGAGUGUUGACUGAUUCACCCACGUCCGAUAAGGAAUCAAGGCCGGCGAAGAAACAGAAUACAGGCGAGCCUAUACCGGUGCCAGAGCCCGGCUCGUUCCCUCCGAUAAUAGACGAUGGAACGAAACCUCAUCACAGUUAUGCAACGCUUAUCGGGAUGGCCAUUCUGCGCUCACCACAACGGCGUCUCACGCUUUCUCAGAUAUACAAGUGGAUCGCCGAGACUUUCUCCUUUUACCAGCUUUCGGAUUCCGGGUGGCAGAACAGCAUCCGACACAACCUUAGUCUGAAUAAGCAUUUCAUCAAGCAGGAGCGACCAAAGGACGAUCCGGGCAAGGGAAACUAUUGGGCCAUCGAACCGGGGGCUGAGCAGUUUUUUAUGAAGGAGAAGCCAUCAAGGAAAGCGCCACCUUCGGCCGAGAACCUCCCAGUCAUGUCGACACGCCUUGAGCCAUCUCAGCCACUCGUGCCCCUGCCAGAUGAACCCGUUCUACCACCGCAGCCCCCUACAACACAAGCUCAACUGGCCCCUCGCCCGCCGUCAUCACAGGCCACAUUGAUGCCUCUCCUUCCAGAGCUAUCAUCAGACGCCACGAUUCCCGCAUCCGAGAUUGGAUCGGUGGAGGAUGUCACAUAUCAAGGGUUUGAGCAUGGAGUGUCUAAUGACUCCAACUUGUACUCGCCUCUUCCUGCAAUUGUGCAAUCCUCGCCGCCAGUUCCCAAGCACUUAGAGGCCCGGCACAGCACAACGCCUCCCCAACCGCGAACCAAAGGACGCCGCAAGAAGUGGACCACCUCGAUGGACGAUAGUGGGUAUAUUUCAUCGCUUGAUUCUUCAAUCUUGCGCCCUAGUCAGCAUUCCAACCUGCUUAACUCUGCAGAUCAUCCGCGUCUCAGUACGGGUCGGGCUGAGGAGGAGAUCGCUCGCCUUCGAACAUCAUCAUACGAUAGCCCAUCAAAGGGCCGCUCAUACAGCUACGCUCCCCCUUCUUCUUCCCCGCUACGUCAAGCUUCGGCUACCAAGUCCGGCCAAAUGCUUCCGCCCCUAACACCGGCAAUGAAACUCAAGGCACCACCUAUGCCUCCACCAUCGGUAUCCCCUACUACCAACCUCCGGUUACACCGCGAGAGCGUCCAGUCUAUGGUUGACGCUACCUAUCAACGUGUAGCCGCCUUGCUCCCCGAGGAUGACUCCCUUCUACAACUUACACCCAACCCUACUUUGACUCUCGAUGAUAUGCUGUACGGAUUCGAGCGCGGAACAGAUAAUGUCACUUCGGAGAUCGACAUCUUCCAGGACAGCCCCUUUGGAUACUAUAACUUUGGAGUCUCGCCCGCUAUCAACCAGUAUAACGGUUCCCCGGUCAAGCAGUCAGCAAGACGGCAGCGGCCUGAAAGGUCGCAAUCGACCGGUGCGCUUACCGACAUGACAAGCUUCUCUCGCGGCAAUGGUAAUGACGUGGCUUCUUUCCUCAAAGUGCCUUCUCAGCCAGUUGACUUGAACACUGGGACACCGAGCAAAGUGUUUGAGGGGCUGCCCUCUUCACCGAGUAAGGUAUUUCUGGAGUCUCCGUGCAAAAUCAACUCCGCGAGCAACGAUAACCUUGAGAACCUGGAACCGUGGAUGACAAUGAAUGAUCUUUGCGGCUCCGAGUUCCUAGAAGAUAGCGACUUUUCCGGAAUCGACAUGCUUGCCGGGUUCGAAAAGAUUGGCUCGACUCCUGCUAAUACUUCGCGGCCCACUAACAACGCCCCUACGAUAGCAGGCCUUCCUCCGAGGCAGUCAUAUAGUCGCUGCUACAGCAAUAUCUUCUAA